AUGCCUGUCGGGCUAUGCAACGCUGUCCCAGGGUUCGAGCGCCUCAUGGAGAACGUCCUAGUGGACUUAAAGUGGCGGGAACUCGUCGCACCUGGCCGUCGGGGCGUGCCUCAGGCAAGAGUUUACCAAAAGCCUGGAACGCUUAUGGGUCACGAGGACGGAUUAUCGCGUCUCUUCCCGCCUUCUGUAGUGAAAGCUCUAAUGACAGAUCUUCUCAACACUGGGAGCCAGGAGAGCGUUCCAGACCAAGUAAUGGAGCGCCGAGUGGAAAUAAAUGACCUACUGAGGCUUCGACUUCUACAAACGGUGGUCACGUUUAAGUCGGAAAGGCGACAGUGGACCGGAAGACGUCUGAAGCGAGCGAAACCUCGAAGGUGGCAAAUGAAGAACGAAUCGAAGACUCCAGGCUAA